AAGAGUAUGUGGGUUUCGCCUCGUUACCCAAACAGCUGAACAGGAAAUUUGUGAAGAAAGGAUUUGACUUCACACUCAUGGUGGCUGGUGAAUCAGGUCUUGGUAAAUCCACACUGGUUAACAGUUUGUUCCUCACUGAUCUUCACAAAGACAGAAAACUUCUCAACGCUGAAGAACGCAUCCAUCAGACGGUGAACAUCGUCAAGCACACGGUGGACAUCGAGGAGGAAGGCGUGAAGCUGAGGCUCACCAUCGUGGACACGCCAGGCUUUGGCGACGCCGUCAACAACACGGACUGCUGGAAGCCGGUGUGCGAGUAUGUGGACAACCAGUUUGAGCAGUAUUUCCGUGACGAGAGCGGCGUGAACAGGAAGAAGAUUGAAGACAACCGCGUGAACUGCUGCCUCUACUUCCUGCCUCCUUUCGGACACGGCCUGCGCCCGGUGGACGUGGCGUUCAUGAGGGCGCUGCAGGAGAAGGUCAGCGUGGUCCCCCUGAUCGCCAAGGCCGACGUCCUCACGCCGAGCGAGACCAAAGCGCUCAAGGGCAAGCUGAGGGAGGAGAUGGACGCACACCACGUCAGAGUCUACCAGUUCCUCCACGGCGACUCGGACGACGGCGACGACUCCAGGCAGAAAGACCUGAAGGACAGCAUGCCCUUCGCCGUGAUCGGCAGCAACACCAUGGUGGAGGUCAAGGGUCAGCGGCUACGAGGAAGGACGUACCCCUGGGGCUUCGUGGAGGUGGAGAACCCGCGUCACUGCGACUUCGUCCAGCUGAGGAGCAUGCUGAUCCAGACCCACAUGCACGACCUGAAGGACCUGACCUCGGACCUCCACUACGAGACCUUCAGAGAACGCCGCAUCAGCAACAUGAGCAGCAAGAUGGCGGCGGAGCGGCGGGCGGAGAGCCCCCUCCCGUCGUCGGACCCGGAGACGGACAAAGCCAUCCAGGAGAAGGACGAGCAGCUGAGGAGGAUGCAGCAGAUGCUUCAGAAGAUGCAGCAGCAGAUGCACGAGCAGGACCUCUGACCUCUGACCUUCAGCAACACCACCCAGUAAAACCACAGACAUGGUAUAAGUAGUCGCAGCAUUGGCUGCUGUGAAGCGAGAAAUUGGGCGGCCAUCUUGAAGUGGUGAUGAGGAGCCUAAACUGACAGUUGACAGGUAGAAAAUAACGAUGGUGUUCAGACUUUUCCUGCUCAAAAGAGCAGGACAAUAGGAAUCGGGGGAUUACUUUUCACAAGUAAUGUACUAUUGGUUGUAUUUUGUGAAAAGAAUAUUAGCACAAAGUUGAGGAACAAAGAUUUUCAAUAGUACUUAAAUGCUAGCCGCCAGCAAACAAGAGUAUGACCAUAAUAGAAAUGCUCGUCGAUGAAAUUAAUUACAUUUAAAAAUGUCAUACUUGAAUAACAUAAAGUUGAAAUAAAUGACAGAGAUAAAGAUUAUAAAAGCCAACAGGGGUAAAAGUUAGGACCACAGUCUGCAAACUUAUGGUGUCAUCAUGCCUUCAGUGCAUAUUGUAGAUAGUUCUCUGCAAAACUAUGAAAUGUCCUAUUUUGUCUUCAUUAUGUUGUCAGAAUGCUUCAUUUGUAUGUGAAAAUCACAAAGAAAUAUUCUGGGGGAGGAUGACCAACUUUACCAACUUCCAGCCCCACCUAAAACAAAAUUCACCAGCCGCCAAUGAUUAUGAUGCAUUCUCAUUUCAGGCAAAGUAUAAGACAAUACUUUCUUAACAGUAUAUAAGUCUUCAAGUAACAAUAUUCAAAUACUAACAUUGUUGGGUAAGACAGAAUUUGCUUUUAUUCUGAAUCCAGUGAAACAGAUAUGUGGUUUUAGCUGCUAUAAAAAACUUUCAGUUUAUGUUUAAGUAUUUGGCAGACGCUUUUAUCCAAAGCGGCAUACAUAAAAAAUACAUAUAAAACAAUCACUGUAAUCAUGAUUAUUUAAGGGAAGAAUGUAAUAGAACAUAUCAAUACAAAGUGUCAAGACAGAAUAAAAAGAGAUACAGUCUAUAGGUCCCUGAGAUAUAUAGAUAUCUAAUGUAUUCAUACUGUUAUGGUCCGAUGUCCGGAUCAUACCAUAUUAUAGCUUUGUUCAUUUACUGUGAGACUUGCUGGGCAUAGCGAUGCCGGAUUUGUUCUUCCGUGGAUGCGUCGGGCAAGAACACAGCGAAUGGUAAGAAAAUAAAGAUUUAUUUAAAACUAAAAAACAGGCUAGGAACAGAAACACUGGUGCUAAGCAGAAAAGGCAAACAAAAGGAGCUAGCAUGGGAGCUAGGGAAACAAACAGACACCCUACACUUGGCACAAGGGCACAAAAAGGGAAAACAAAACAAUUAGCAUGAGAGCUAGGAAAAAACAAAGGCGUAGCGGGAAAGCUAGGGAGUAUCAACAUGAAAAGCAGUCGUCACUUGUUGCAUGAAGGCACAUUUUGGAUCCGAGCCCGAAUGAACAAAAGGGGCAGGCUUAAAUAAGGCAGUAAUCACCAGUAACAGGUGUGCGUAAACCGAGAGUAGAAGGGGGAAACAAUAUGCAACUAUGUUGACAGAGCAAAACCGGAAAUAAGGAAGUCAAACAACAGAAUGUGAUAUAAAAAUGAACAAAGCUAUAAUAUGGUAUGAUCUGGGCAUCGGAUCAUAACACAUACAUUGUUUAUGUAGGAUAUAUGCAUGUAUAUAUAACCUGAUAAUAUUGGUUCUUCAAUUUAGAAAUAACUGACCGUUUUUUCCCCCCUUCUCUGGGAUUAUAUUCCCAGUUUUGCUCUCGGACGUCUGGUCACUUAUAGCAUAUAAUCAAUCAAUCAAUGUUUAUUUAUAUAGCACCAAAUCACAAAUGUCUCAAAGGACUGCACAAAUCAUUACGACUACGACAUCCUCGGAAGAACCCACAAAAGGGCAAGGAAAACUCACACCCAGUGGGCAGGGAGAAUUCACAUCCAGUGGGACGCCAGUGACAAUGCUGACUAUGAGAAACCUUGGAGAGGACUUCAGAUGUGGGCAACCCCCCCCCCUCUAGGGGACCGAAAGCAAUGGAUGUCGAGCGGGUCUAACAUGAUACUGUGAAAGUUCAAUCCAUAGUGGCUCCAACACAGCCGCGAGAGUUCAGUUCAAAGCGGAUCCAAGACAGCAGCGAGAGUCCCGUCCACAGGAAACCGUCCCAAGCGGAGGCGGAUCAGCAGCGUAGAGAUGUCCCCAACCGAUACACAGGCGAGCGGUCCAUCCUGGGUCUCGACUCAGGACAGCCAGUACUUCAUCCAUGGUCAUCGGACCGGACCUCCUCCACAAGGGAGGGGGGGGACAUAGGAGAAAAAGAAAAGAAGCGGCAGAUCAACUGGUCUAAAAAGGAGGUAUAUUUAAAGGCUAGAGUAUACAGAUGAGUUUUAAGGUGAGACUUAAAUGCUUCUACUGAGGUAGCAUCUCGAACUGUUACCGGGAGGGCAUUCCAGAGUACUGGAGCCCGAACGGAAAACGCUCUAUAGCCCGCAGACUUUUUUUGGGCUCUGGGAAUCACUAAUAAGCCGGAGUCUUUUGAACGCAGAUUUAUUGCCGGGACAUAUGGUACAAUACAAUCGGCAAGAUAGGAUGGAGCUAGACCGUGUAGUAUUUUAUACGUAAGUAGUAAAACCUUAAAGUCACAUCUUAAGUGCACAGGAAGCCAGUGCAGGUGAGCCAGUAUAGGUAUAUAUGUAUGUAUAUAUGUAUAUAAAGGUAUAUACAGUACAGGCGUAAUGUGAUCAAACUUUCUUGUUCUUGUCAAAAGUCUAGCAGCCGCAUUUUGUACCAACUGUAAUCUUUUAAUGCUAGACAUGGGGAGACCCGAAAAUAAUACGUUACAGUAGUCGAGGCGAGACGUAACAAACGCAUGGAUAAUGAUCUCAGCGUCUUUAGUGGACAGAAUGGAGCGAAUUUUAGUGAUAUUACGGAGAUGAAAGAAGGCCGUUUUAGUAACGCUUUUAAUGUGUGACUCAAAGGAGAGAGUUGGGUCAAAGAUAAUACCCAGAUUCUUUACCGAGUCCAUUAAUCCAUCCAUCAUCUUCCGCUUAUCCGAGGUUGGGUCGCGGGGGCAGCAGCCUAAGCAGGGAAACCCAGACUUCCCUCUCCCCAGUCACUUCGUCUAGCUCUUCCCGGGGGAUUCCGAGGCGUUCCCAGGCCAGCCGGGAGACAUAGUCUUCCCAACGUGUCCUGGGUCUUCCCCGUGGCCUCCUACCGGUUGGACGUGCCCUAAACACCUCCCUAGGGAGGCGUUCGGGUGGCAUCCUGACCAGAUGCCCGAACCACCUCAUCUGGCUCCUCUCCAUGUGGAGGAGCAGCGGCUUUACUUUGAGUUCCUCCCGGAUGACAGAGCUUCUCACCCUAUCUCUAAGGGAGAGACCCGCCACACGGCGGAGGAAACUCAUUUGGGCCGCUUGUACCCGUGAUCUUAUCCUUUCGGUCAUGACCCAAAGCUCAUGACCAUAGGUGAGGAUGGGAACGUAGAUCGACCGGUAAAUUGAGAGCUUUGCCUUCCGGCUCAGCUCCUUCUUCACCACAACGGAUCGGUACAACGUCCGCAUUACUGAAGACGCCGCACCGAUCCGCCUGUCGAUCUCACGAUCCACUCUUCCCUCACUCAUGAACAAGACUCCUAGGUACUUGAAGUCCUCCACUUGGGGCAGGGUCUCCUCCCUAACCCGGAGAUGGCACUCCACCCUUUUCCGGGCGAGAACCAUGGACUCGGACUUGGAGGUGCUGAUUCUCAUUCCGGUCGCUUCACACUCGGCUGCGAACCGAUCCAGCGAGAGCUGAAGAUCCCGGUCAGAUGAAGCCAUCAGGACCACAUCAUCUGCAAAAAGCAGAGACCUAAUCCCGUGGCCACCAAACCGGAACCCCUCAACGCCUUGACUGCGCCUAGAAAUUCUGUCCAUAAAAGUUAUGAACAGAAUCGGUGACAAAGGACAGCCUUGGCGGAGUCCAACCCUCACUGGAAAUGUGUUCGACUUACUGCCGGCAAUGCGGACCAAGGUCUGGCACUGAUCAUACAGGGAGCGGACCGCCACAAUAAGACAAUCCGAUACCCCAUACUCUCUGAGCACUCCCCACAGGACUUCCCGAGGGACACGGUCGAAUCCCUUCUCCAAGUCUUUACCGAGUCACCUUGUUUUAUUAUUUGGUUGUCAAAUGUUCAAGUUGUAUUAUUAAAUACCCCCGGGCGACGUGCCAACACCUGAUAAACCCCAAGUUGAGGAUGUGGCAAAGAGAAAGCAAAAUCUUAUUUCCGGUUUUGCUCUGUCAACAUGGUUGCAGAAUAUUCUAUUACUGUUAAGCAAACUAUGAAUAAUAAAACAUGUGUCCUUUAUCAUAGCUACACAUAUGACAAGAAAAGCGGGUGGAAAAGAUCGGUAUUCAGUGAGGUAAGAUGAAUUAAAUGCGCUGACAGUUGAUUGCUCCUCACAAAUUAACUGCCCUGAGUGGAGCGGAUCACCACUCCAAGAUGGCGGCCCCGCGUCUCGCCGGCGCCAGUAGGAAGUAAAGCUCCCUUAGAAGAUGUCUAUGAGUAAAACCCUCUUAGCUUAGCUUAGCUGAACUCUUGUCACUUUCACUUUUGCUUGUAUUGAUGACUUUUUCUACCUUUAUAUUCCCAAACUACUCGUCCACAGCAAACUCCUCCGAGCAUGCGUUGCUUUGUGCACAAUCAGACAUCAGCAAAUUGUCUUGUUGAGACCAACAAUGGACAUUUUGUUGAGUAGACAACUAGUAAACAAUCACACUACGAGUACACUGUUGUGUGCGCUUGUACUUUAUAUGAAAUCAAUCAAGCGGAAACGGUGGCUUGUAAUUAUUCGUCUUUAUUUCGUUAUUUAUUUGUGGGGCGGCAUAGCUCGGUUGGUAGAGUGGCCGUGCCAGCAACUUGAGGGUUGCAGGUUCGAUUCCCGCUUCCGCCAUCCUAGUCACUGCCGUUGUGUCCUUGGGCAAGACACUUUACCCACCUGCUCCCAGUGCCACCCACACUGGUUUAAAUGUAACUUAGAUAUUGGGUGUCACUAUGUAAAGCGCUUUGAGUCACUAGAGAAAAGCGCUAUAUAAAUAUAAUUCACUUUAUUUGCUAACUUCCGCCCUGCGAGUCCGGUGGAUUUAUGGGAAAACAAGGAAUCCAUGUUCAUCUUUGCACUUUUACACUUGACCCGUCCUGUCGGUUUCUUCUUAAACUUUGCUCUAGCGUUCAAGAAAAUCUCAAUUUAAUCGUCAGCAGAAUGUGUAUGCAUCGCGAAUUCUGACACCAUGUUGUAAAACGCUUGUACGUCAUAUGAAAUCAAUAAAGCGGAGAGAGUCGCUUUUGGUUGCUGGUCUUAAUUUGGUCACUUCCGCCCUGCCUCCCAUCCCGUCAGCGAUCCUGUUCUGUCUCCCUGUAAUGUUUGUCUGAUCUUGAAUGGGAUUGUGCUGAAAAUUGUAA